AUCUGGCUUCCCAGAAACCUCCUGCUAAAUGCAAGGAUUUGCUGUCCUGUUUACUGACUAUUACACCUGAGGCUGAUUUUGAUACACAUUCUGGAUAUCAUAGGGCAAGGUCUCGAGUUCCCUGUGAGCAGAAGUUGCCCUACAUCGAGAUGUCACGGCACCACAGCCGGUUUGAACGAGAUUAUCGGGCCGGGUGGGAUCGUCGGGACUGGAGCUCCAACGGCAACCACGUCAGCAGCACCAACUGCAGCAGUGCUGCCAGCACCAACAGCAACAACCGCCCUGGGCUUCUGCCCCUGCCCAUCGUCCCCUCCCGGCUUCCCACUCCAGCCACAGCUACUUGCACCACCGUCAGCAGCGAUGUGAUCACGAGCCUGGUGGCCAACUCGUCUCCAGCUUCAACUACCAAAUGUCGUGCGCUGAUGUCCUUGGUGUCCUGGAGCAGCAAGUGUCGCAGCCGGGACCUCGGUUCCAUACCUCAGCUCCGGUCUCUGAUGUUCUCGCUGAGAAACGAAGGCAGCUGGACACCUUGCAUUUCCAAGACUGAAAAUCAGCCUCAAGGACUUGCAACUAGCGUUAGGUGGGGACAGACACCCAUCAAUCAGUCUACACCUUGGGACACUGAUGAGCCACCAUCUAAACAGAUGAGGGAGAAUGAAAACCCAGGUGCAGCUCCCUGGGUCACCACGGUGGCAGCCGGCAGCCAGCCCGCCCUCAUCACACACUCCUACGGGAUGACACAGCCGCCCACCUUCAGCCCGGCCGCAAACGUCCAGGCCCCCGUCAUCGGCGUCACACCUUCCCUCCCUCCGCACGUCACUCCCCAGCUCCCACUGAUGCCAGCCCACUACCAGCUCCAGCCGCAGCCCUCCCAGCCCCUCAGCAACAUGGUGGUCAACCUCCAGAGCCAGCCCUUGUACACCAACAGCCAGCCCCUCAGCAUGUCCUCCAUGAGCGGCGUGGGUCCGGUAGCCCACCCGAGCCCCGGGGUGGUGGGAAAUGGCCACCUGGCCUGCCCCAUGCUGCCGCCGCCGCCUCCAGCCCUGCCCUCUGCCGCUUUGCCCAGCAACGCACCCGCCACCAAUGGGCAGGUGGCCGCCCCAAUGCCCCCCAACGCGGCGGCAGGGCCGGACAACACGAACGGGGUGCAGAUGCUGCGGACGAUCGGCGUGGGGAAGUACGAGUUCACAGACCCCUGGCACCCCAAAGAAAUGUUGAAGGAGUUGAACCAGCAACGCAGAGCGAAAGAGUUUACAGACCUGAAAAUUAUUGUUGAAGGCAAAGAGUUUGAAGUCCACCAAAAUGUUCUAGCUUCCUGCAGCUUGUAUUUCAAGGACCUGAUUAAAAGGUCACCAAGAGACAGUAGCAGAAGUGGGGAGAAGCUGGAAUUGGCCAUGUCCAACCUCACUGCGGAUGUCCUGGAAUUACUCCUGGAGUUUGUUUAUACAGGUUCUUUGAUCAUAGAUUCAGCCAAUGCAAAAACUCUCCUGGAAGCUGCCAGCAAGUUCCAGUUUCACACUUUCUGUAAAGUCUGCGUUUCGUUUCUAGAGAAACAGCUGACUGCUAGCAACUGCUUAGGAAUAUUAGCCAUGGCUGAAGCCAUGCAGUGCACUGAACUAUACAACAUGGCCAAAGCAUACGCCCUGCAGAUUUUCCCAGAGGUGGCAAACCAAGAGGAGAUCCUUAAUAUCUCAAAAGACGACUUCAUUUCCUAUAUGUCCAAUGACAGCCUGAACACCAAAGCAGAGGAGCUGGUGUAUGAAACAGUGAUAAAGUGGAUUAAGAAGGACGCUGCAAUCAGAGCUCAGUACGCUGCGGAGCUGCUGGCGGUGGUGCGUCUCCCCUUCAUCCAUCCCAGCUAUCUGCUAAACGUUGUUGACAAUGAGGAGCUGAUAAAGUCUUCGGAGGCCUGCCGGGAUCUGGUGAACGAAGCCAAGCGUUAUCACAUGUUGCCGCACGCCCGGCAGGAGAUGCAGACGCCGAGGACCCGGCCCAGGCUCUCUGCAGGUGUAGCUGAGGUGAUAGUCCUUGUUGGGGGUCGUCAGAUGAUUGGCAUGAACCAACGUGCUUUAACAGCGGUCACUUGCUUAAAUCCUCAAAACAACAAGUGGUACCCUUUGGCCAGCCUGCCCUUCUAUGAUCGGGAGUUCUUCAGCGUGGUCAGCGCUGGAGACAACAUUUAUCUUUCAGGCGGCAUGGAGUCGGGUGUCACACUGGCUGACGUCUGGUGUUACAUGUCCUUGCUCGAUAACUGGAACCUCGUGUCCCGAAUGACAGUCCCCAGGUGUCGACAUAACAGUCUGGUGUACGACGGGAAGAUUUAUACCAUCGGAGGGGUCGGCGUGGCAGGCAACGUUGACCAUGUGGAAAGGUACGAUACCAUCACCAACCAGUGGGAGACCAUCGCUCCUCUGCCCAAAGCUGUGCACUCAGCUGCUGCUACUGUCUGUGGUGGGAAGAUCUAUGUCUUUGGUGGGGUGAACGAAGCCGGCCGAGCUGCAGGGGUCUUGCAGUCCUACAUCCCUCAGACUAAUUCAUGGAGUUUUAUAGAGUCUCCAAUGAUCGAUAACAAAUAUGCUCCUGCAGUCACUCUCAAUGGGUUCAUCUUUAUUCUUGGAGGAGCUUAUGCACGAGCAACCACCAUCUAUGACCCAGAGAAAGGCAAUAUUAAAGCAGGUCCCAACAUGAACCACUCCAGGCAGUUCUGCAGCGCUGUGGUUCUCGAUGGAAAGAUCUACGCCACCGGAGGGAUCGUUAGCAGCGAGGGACCUGCCCUGGGCAACAUGGAAGCCUACGAUCCUAAAACAAACACCUGGACACUUCUCCCAAACAUGCCGUGCCCUGUUUUUCGACACGGCUGCGUAGUUAUCAAGAAGUACAUUCAGAGUGGCUGACAGAGCAAGGAGUUGGAUGGAGAACUGCUUGUACCUGUUGAAAGCAGGCAAAGAGAAUACUACUACUCAUCACAAAAGCAGCACAGCCAGCCAGCGAACAUAUUGCUCUAAAGUCUUGAAUAGUGUCUACAUUGAAUGUAGAAAAAUCAUCCUCACCUUUUGGUGAACAAGGAGCAGAGAGCUCCGUGCUAUGUAAGAUAUUGUAACUUAAGAAUACAAGUGUGUCACUAGAUGUUAUAGUGGCACUUGUUCUGGACGUCAGCUUUUGGUCAACCCAGGUGCAAUAGAAUUUCACAUAUUUUUUAAGCUGAGGAAGAGAGGAAAAAAAAAUAAUCUGCAUUUUACUUCUAGAGCUCAAGCUUGAUUCUUAAAAUAACCGUGCAGAUUAGUUUUACUAUUACACUUUAGGCAUCAAUCUAUUUGAAAGGUCAAAGUGUCCUUACCACUUUGAUUCCUACAUUUGUUUUUAACAAAUACACGCUUUUCAAUACCAAUGACUGAGAGAAAUCUUGUGUGACAAAUGGCUUACCUUGAUGUCAGUCUUCCAUCAGGUGAAACGUGAAGUUCUCUAGAACAGAGCCCAAGAGAGGGACAAGGCAGGGGCUGGGGAAAAGAGCCAUUGGUAACACAAUUCCAUGUAAUACAGUGAAAGGAGGUCCGUUGGGCUGUGCGGAUUUCUGCUCCCAGGGAUGCUUGUGAGGGCACACGCACAGCUGGGGCUCCCGAUGUUUUCCUCCCUGUUCUGCUGCUGAGCAAAUGUUUCUGUGCCCAGUAAUGCAACACGAAAAAGGUUUGGAAUUCAGAGGCGUUCCCCGGAUUGAACUGCACUCAGUUGUGCGGAUUGGGAUCACGUUGACACCCACCCAGCGUAGCGUGGGAUUUCCACAUUUCCAACAAGCAGAGGAGGAGUUGCCUCCGGUUGUGGCUACGCAUUCGAUUUCGGCUGUCCACCAAAAUUCCUUACUCUGGGACGCCUGCCACUAUCUCUUCUUUUUAUGUAAAGUCUAAGAAGAUUCUUUUUUCUUUUUUCUUUAAGGAAAAAAAAAAAAGUUUCCUUAUAAGUGUGGAAAUCUUACCUUAUACUUAUUUACAGAUUUUAAACACACAAGUUGAAAUCCCAUGGUAGAAAAAUGCAUAGACUUAAGCCCAGUAUAAGAAACUUUAAAUGAUUACUAUGUAGAGUUGUAAGUAUAUGCACAGCACAGGGGUUAUAUUUUUAUAUAUAUUAAAAUAUUGUCUAUCCAGAGAGCAUUGUGAUGUGGAAAUUCUUUAUAAAUUUAUACAUAGAAGGAUCAAAUGGGAGACGGACUGGGUGAUACAGAGGGGGCAGGGGAAAGACUCUUAAGGUUAACAAGUAGCCCCAAGCUAAGGAUUGUCCAAUUUCUUCCCAAGUAGAGGGAAAAAAGUUCCCAUUCUUGCCUUUGCAGACCCAAUGCCAAACACCAUGCCGGUAAUUCAAGCAAGAGUUCCUCUACAGGGUGUGGGUGAAAUCCUACAGUCAAUAUCUGGUUGAAUUUCAUACCAAAUACGUUAGCCUUUUUAUACUGAGGGAAGACUGCCUGCAGCUUUGGGGAAAUCGAUGCAGAUGGUUAGCUAAUCAUCUUAUUUUAUUAAUAAUCAUUUAUAAAAGAAAGAAAUUUGUAUCUUGCAGUAUUUAAAGAAAAAAGUGCUCACGUCAGCUGAGUCAAGCUCUACAGCGACUCAAGUCUCUCAUUUUGACAGUGAGGUUCCAGCCUUUGUUACGCAGUUGUUUUAUUUAUUCUUUAAAGAGAAAAAAAUAAGCACAACAAAAAGUUAUCUACUAGUAUGUCAUUUAAAGUAUUUAUGUCAAACAGGGUGCAAGUGUGAACCUAAGGAUUGGAGCACAAGUUUCUAACUGCCUGGGGCAGGACUAAUUUAGUGUUGGUGUGCGUCUGCCUCCAAAGGAGGUGCUGCCUGUCAGCAAGACCUAAACACAUUCGACAUUUCCAGUUUAGCUUAUUUCUUCAUUUUUCACACUGGAACAAAACUGGCUAUUUCUGUGAAUAAUAUUAAAAACAGGGUUAUCUGUAAUGGUAUUGUAUAUAGUUUAUGUUUACUGUUAAGUUCUUGUUAUAUUAUAAUAAAUAUAUUUAUAGAUCUAGAUUCAG